AUGAAGACAGCCGUGAAACGUCUUAACUUAGUUUUUAGUCUUAACUUAAGUCUUACUCUAGUCUUGUUACUUAGACUUGGUCGUCUCUCUCUCUAGACGAGUCUAGACUACUCUAGUCUCUAGAUAUAAAAGUAGAAAACUUAGAUAUCUAAAUCCUAAAUCUAAUCACUAGGUCUAGACCUAAAUUUAAAUUAGAUCUAGAUUUAGUCUAGAAUUACUAGAAAUUAGAUUAUUAAUAAUUAUUAUAUAGAUCUAGAUGUCUAGAUUCUAAUUCGAGUAGACUACUAUUUAUUAGAUUGACUAGUGUCUAGUCACUAGAUCUAGAAUCUUAGUACUGAAUCGACUAUUCUAGAUCUAGAUUAAAAAGAUUAGAUCUAGUUAAAGUUAUUUGCUGAACCUGUCGCAAGAAUGUCCAGAGACAUCUACAGCUUAAAAUAGAAACACACUCGAAAGCUAAACACACUUCAUCUGCAUUGAAAGAUAUUUUUGCUGAUCUGUUGUCCUUACAAGGUAGCAAGUAUUAGAAAUGUCUGGUUCUAAAACUAGUAAAUCUCAAGAAACUGACAAGAAAGGUGACAAAAUAGACAUCGACAGAAUAGAACCAGCUCUCAGAAUUGAAAUCAUCAAGAGGAUUGAACUGAAUGCUGAGUUUGACUCAUUUCUGGAACUGAGAGAUGCUAUUGACAGAUACCAAAAAGAAAACUCUGUGCAACUGAUUGUCAAAGAUUCUAAACUUUUAAAGGCUGAAUCCACAAGAAAGAUUAUGCCCAAAGUCUAUCACUUAGUCAAUCAGAGCUUGAUGUAUCACUCUAUCAUCUAUUGUUGCAAGUGUCAUGGAGAACUUAAACAAAAGCCAAAUACUAGGAUUAAGAAUGCUGGACAGAAACGACUUAACUGUCCGAUGUAUAUACGAUUCAAGUUAACCCCUGAUCUCCAGAAAUUAACAUUAUUUGAUAUGUAUGAAACACACAACCAUAGCAAAGAUACCAACACAAUUCAGAUGACUCCAAGGCAACAGGUUUAUAAAAUUUCCAAAAUGAAACGUAAACGAACAACUAAUGAUAAUGAUGGGAACAAUGACAGAGAGGAUGAAAAACAGAGAGAGAAUACAGUUUCUCAAGAGGAUGAAACAAAAAAAGAAGUGUUGCCUGAAAAACUUCCAAGAAGGUCAGCAAGAAUGAAAGCUCGAUUUGACAAUGAUGACUUGAUCAAAGAAGAGGAAUACAUAUCAGACUGUAAAGUAACAUUUGAAAAAGAAGUGCAGCAUAGCCACCUUUCUGAUUCUCCACUAGAUUCAGAUUCAGAUACUUCAGAUUCAGACGAGGAAGAGAUUCGCAAACAUCGUCAGCUUUUACCCUUUCCAAUUAGACUGAUUGGCUCAGCAAUCAAAAGCUCCCCAGAACUGUUGAUGAGUACUAAACAGCUCAUAGAAAUUCAGAAAUCAAAUCUUUUGCUUGAGAAGCAAAAAUUGAUUCUUGAAACAAAACACUUGGAGUUAGCUAAUGCUAAGUUAGAACUGGAAGUAAGAAUUCUAAGAAAAAAUCUAGCAGUUGAACUUGCAAGCUCUUCUAAUACCAGGGACAGGACAAUAUAUUUACAGUCUUAAUUAAAUAAGUUUUUAAAAAUUAA